UAUAUAUAAAGACGUUAUUUCCAAUAGUGAUCAUUAUUCAAAGUUAAUCUAUACCGACUUCAUAAAGUCAUUCUAUAAAAAAUUAUCUGUUGAAGAUUUUCAAAUCAUUGAAAAUGAAACGAAUCUUGAUAUUAUUUAUUUUGGGUUCAUUGACGAUUGAUAACACCAACGGGUGCAGUUGUGCUACCUUUCCACUUCAAACUAAGUUUUGCAAAUCUGACUUUGUUAUUAAAAUAAAAGUUACGGAUAUUCAAAAAACGACAGUACUAACAAGUACUACUAAUAUAUACCACGUUGAUAUACUAGAAACUUACAGAGCAAAUGCUGAAGCAGUAGAAGCACUCAAACUCAAAUAUUUAACUACUGAUCCAUUCCGAGGAAUGUGUGGUCUUCGACUUCGUCGUGACCAAAUUGCUGUUGUUGGAGGAAUCAUAAGUGGUGGAGAGCCGGCAAUUAGUCUCUGUAGACUGCAUAUAAAAAGUCCUCAAGAAAUUGAAGCUCAGUCUGUUAAUCUUCGUGAAAAUUUUUCUAAAAACUGUACUACAGCGUAAAUUAAUUAAAUCGCACACCUCAAGCGCGAUAGCGCUGAGGGUGCUUUAUGGACGGUUUUUUUUAUUUGACUAUUUUACUCACAUAAAAAUCUUUCUACACUAUUUUUUUUCAACCAAGAUAGAUAAAAUUGUAUACUAGCAUAUAGAGAAUUUAUUAAGGAACAAUUUGAACCCAAAAUUAAGUCGAUUCAUUAUUUUAUUCGUUCAAAAUAAAUUAUUUUAACUCAAGAAACCAGUGCUGUCAAUUGUUACGUAUAAAACUUCGUAAACACGAUAACUCUCGAUAGACACCAUUAAUCGGUCUAACUUUUUUUUUAUUCUUUGUAUUUUUUAUCACAAGAACCUUUAUGAAAAUUACUAUUUGAAUCCUUUUAGUUUAAUUGUAAUUAAUAAACGACGUAAAACUGAUUAUUCGUGAAAAA